AUACAACUCACGCAUUUUAAAACGAAAAGUACAAGUGAUGCAUUAAACCUCCCGAGCUUAAACUAUCUAUUAAGUCCUAUCCUCUAUCACACCAAAUUCACCACGUAUUUGGGUUUCUCGAAACCCUAGCUACUGCUCACUAUCCUCCAUAACCAUAUCCGCCAUUUCUAUACUUUCUUUUCCUACUGGUUCUUCAACUCCUGAAAUAGGUCAGAGAAUGAUCAUAAAUGGGUGCAGUAUGAAUUCCAGAGCAUAUAAACCUCUGUCAUGUAAUGUUUCCUUGCCGAGGCCCAUUUCUUUGCCAGCAAAGGCAGCUUUAACUAAUAUCAGAGCUUUAUGUCGACCAAUUGAGGGACUGAAGUUGAGAUGUUUCACAGGGGCUUCUUUGUCCUCGCAUCUUUCAGCUUCACUGAGCCCUCUUUUGGGCGGAGAACAUGGUGGGUUGUCACACAAAAUUCCUCUUCUACCUAAAAGAAGACUGUGCAUGACACCUAGAGCAUCAAAGGACAUUCCUUAUAGUUUCCGCUUUCCUCCAAUGACAAUAAAGCCUCGUUGGUGGUGGAGAACGCUAGCCUGCCUUCCAUACUUGAUGCCUUUGCAUGAGACCUGGAUGUACGCUGAAACAGCCUAUAAUCUUCAUCCAUUUCUUGAAGACCUCGAGUUUCUGACAUACCCUUUCCUUGGAAUCAUCGGACGCCUUCCACCUUGGUUUUUCAUGGCGUACUUUUUUUGUGCUUACCUUGGGAUCGUGAGGAGAAAGGAGUGGCCCCACUUUUUCAGGUUUCAUGUUGUGAUGGGCAUGUUGCUCGAGAUUGCUUUGCAGGUUGUUGGUACUGUCAGUCGUUGGCUGCCUCUUUCAAUUUACUGGGGCAAGGUUGGCAUGCACUUUUGGACAUUUGCUGCAUUUGGAUACCUGUUUACCGUGCUUGAAUGCAUAAGAUGUGCUCUUGCUGGGAUGUAUGCUGAUGUUCCUUUUGUAAGCGAUGCUGCAUAUAUCCAAAUUCCAUAUGAUUAAUACAUCGUUUGUUGACGAAAUACCAGUAUUCACUCAUAUGUUAUAGGUUCAUUUGUGCAACUUCCUAUUUAAACGACUCGAUCUGUUUGAUUUGUAGAGUGUAAGUUUGUAUUGUCCUACUUGUAAGUCCAACCCGAAUGAAGUGCUUUUUGUUGGUUUAGCGGAUGACGUACGUCUGAAUAAUGUUCUUUUGAAUGACUACGUAUGUUAAGUUGAGCAUUUUCUGCCA